AUUCAUAUGGAGAUGUGGGACUAUAAAUAGGAGGGAUGAAGCCAGCAGAGAUCAGAUUCUCUCUACAGAGACCUCUACAGCUCAGAGAUCCAGCCAUGGCACCUACAAUCACUGCAGCAAUGACCAAUUCUCAGGAGCAUCUGACUCUGACCCACAAGCUCAGAAAGCCUCUGGUGGAGAAGUUACGCAGAGAGCGAAUCAACAGCAGCAUUGAGCAGCUCAAGUCUCUCCUGGGUCCAGAGUUCCUCAAACAGCAGCCAGACUCCAAGCUGGAGAAAGCAGACAUCCUGGAGAUGACCGUUUGUGUCCUGAGACGACUGCAGCAGCAGCAGCAUCAAGCUGUGGACUCAGCAGCUGUUGAUCAGGGCUACUCCAGGUGUGUCCAAGAGGUGGAACACUUCCUGUCCAAGGAACAGGUGAAGACACAGUCCCAGAGAAGACUUCUGACCGACUUCAACAAGCUGCAGUCUUCCUCUGAUAAGAACCUGAGAGAGGCUGACUUCUCUCUUCUGAGCUCCACAGUCCAGACCAGCAUCAGCACAGAGAAGAGUGCAGCCAACAGCGCCCCCUGGAGGCCGUGGUAGACACCUACAGACUGGAGUGACUACCAGACAAACUGAGACGACCACAUUGGUCAAAAGUUAUUAUCAGACAUUAUUCUGAAAUGUAAUAGAUGUGUCUGUGCAAAGUGUUUUAAUUCAUCAUAAUGUCAUAUUGGAUUGAUAUUUCCCUUUACUUUUGGGAAUAUGUUUUCAACGAAAAUGAAAAUAUUGAAGUAGCACAAAAUUGUAUUCUAUGAAUAACAUAUACUCUCUUAUUGAUUUAUCAAUACAUAAACACAAAUUGGCCAAUGCUGGCCAGCAUCAUCACGCCUGCCUUUAAGUCCUGUAAGUCUUCUGUAUCAAGAUUGAUCCAGUGACAGGAAUUGGCGAUUCUCAGCUACUUUCUGGUAGCACUUUUUCCUUUCUGAUGUACUUGAUUGACUUUUUACUUUGUAAAAGAUAAUUGACCCAUGUUGGGACUUGAAGUUACCUUUUCUAUCAUCAAUUUGUUUUGUUGUGUCAACAGUACAAAUUUGUAUCUGAAAGUUAUUUUCUCUCAGUGUAAGGGAGUUGGUUCACUUUGUUUAGGUUGUACUAAACGAUUCCCUGUGUUUUGUAAAGAUACUGAAGCUGUUACCUGUACUCUAUUUGAGUACGUUUUCUUGGACUACAAGUCUUUACUGUGAUGUAUCAUCACCACCAGUGCCUCUAUGAUGUGACCCAUUCAUUCUUUUUGAAUAAAAAACAUCAACUGAA